AUGCUGCCUACGCUGCCUACGCUGCCUACGCUGCCUACGCUGCCUACGCUGCCUACGCUGCCUACGCUGCCUACGCUGCCUACGCUGCCUACGAUGCCUACGAUGCCUACGAUGCCUACGCUGCCUACGAUGCCUACGCUGCCUACGCUGCCUACACUGCCUACGAUGCCUACGAUGCCUACGCUGCCUACGCUGCUUAGAGUAACUAUGCUGCCUACGAUGCCUACGCUGCCUACGCUGCCUACGCUGCCUACGAUGCCUACGCUGCCUACGCUGCCUAUGAGGACUCUGAGCGGCCCAGUUCCUGAUUUUCGCAUCAGGGCAGAAUUCGAAGACGUCAAGGCUCUCGAAACUCGCAAUUCGGACAAGGUAGCAAGCCUACUGGAGGAGCAGGCUAACACCUUAUCCAGCCUCGAGGAGGCACGAGCGAGGGAGAGGACCUUGAAGCCUGGAUCUGUCGGCGAGGGAGAGGACCUUGAAGCCUGGAUCUGUGCUAGGUCGGAGAGCGAUGAGGUGCAAUACGGAAGCUGCACGCGAGAAGGACAGGAGCAACGUUUCCACGAAUUGAAGGCCGUUCUGGAGGACACCGAACGCCAGCUCAAGGAUGUGCAGGCAAGCGUGGAUGUGGGCAAUACUGAUGCCAUUGGUUUACGGGAGGGGAGGCAAGCACACCAUGUUGAACGCCUCCUGCGUGAAGACCUCAUUCGGAACAACUCGUCGCACAGACAACAGUCCCGAGAGCUUGUCUCUGAUUGGUUCUACGUUCGGUGCUUCUUGAGUGCUUCUUUGAAGAAGAUCCGACAGGCGCUCACGCGAGGUGAAUCGAUGCACGCACAGCCAAUAGGAGGGCCUCAAGCGGAGGUCGUCGAAGACGGCUACGAAUUCUUCGCGAAGCGCCAUCUCGUCACUCUGUUCUCGGCCCCUAAUUAUUGCGGAGAGUUCGAUAAUGCAGGUGCUAUGGUAAGCGUAGACGAGACUCUACUGUGCUCCUUCCAGAUAUUGAAACCGGCCGGAAGAAAGCCAAAUACGCCAAAUACCCUUACGGCGGUAUGA